UGGAUCAAGCGAAAUAAAUAACCACGCCCAUAAGCAUGGCUGACGUUGUGGCUUGGGUUGGAGACCAAUUGUACGAAAUCCUCGGCCUCUCUGACCGCUACACAGCUGAAUUUCUAGUAGGACUUGCAAAGAAGUCUUCCUCUUUAGAUGGCUUUGUUAGUCAGCUUGAAAGUACUGGUGCACUGACGAUAGACCAUAAAACCAGAGAGUUUGCUUCAGAGCUAUGGGCUAGAGUCCCACACAAGGCAGUGGUGGAGAAGCCAGCCAGAGCCAAAGAGAGAGAGGCAAAACUUCAGACCCAAAGGAACAAAAGCUACCAGAUAUUGUAUGACUCUGGCGAUGAGGAAGAGGAAGCCAUUAUGAAAAAAAGACGAUCGUCACUGUCGAGUGGAAAAGGAAUAAAGAACAGUAAAAGAAAUAUACGAAAAGAUAAGAGCAGUCAGUGGGAGAGUGACAGUAGUAGUAGCGAGGAGGAGAAAGAGAUGAAGGCAAAGAGAGUAAGAGUCGAAGAGCCCAAGGAGGAGGAGGAGGAUGAAUGGGAUGCAAUGGAGAAGGAGAGGGAGAAGGAUUUGCUGGAGAGAGAUGCUUUGAACGAGAGAAUAAAGAAAAAGGAUAAAGAGAAGACUAGGAAAAUUGUCGAAAAAUCGGAUAAAAAAGGUUAUGAAGAAGCAAGGAAACGACUACAGGUUGCUGAAAAAGACCAAAAGAAACUGAUUCCUGAGUUGCGUAAAAAGUCUCGCAUACGGUACCUUGGUGAUCGUGCUCAAGACAAACUUGCAGAGCUGGAUGCUGAUAUCAUUGACAAUGAAUAUCUGUUCUCUGAUACCAAAUUGACUAAGAGGGAAGAAGCUGAGCAUCUACGGAAAAAGAAAUUAAAGGAGCUUGCUGAUGAGCAUAGAAAUGCAAAGGACAUGGAGAAGAUUGAACGGUAUCAUAUUCCUUCUGAGAAAGAAAAACCAUCAGCUAGGUAUGAAGAGCCUCGGAAAGAGGAAUUGUUGGGGCCCAAUGCAGAUUUGAGAAAAUGGGAGGACGAGCAGUUGGGCAUAGCCCUGGUUAGGUUCGGUGCCAAAGAUGCAAAAGAGAAAAACAAGCAAAAAGAGUAUGAUCUAGUCAUGGAUGAUGAGGUAGCAUUUGUCUUGGCUGAAACUGUAGCUGGCAGUAAAGGAGAGAAUGAAGAAGAAAUGCCUGAAGGACCAAGUGUGGAAGAAAGAAGAAAGAUGAAUCUUGAAGAAACUAGGAGGAGUUUGCCUAUCUUUCCUUAUCGUGAGCCAUUACUAGAAGCUGUUGAAAAUCAUCAAAUAUUGAUUAUUGAAGGUGAAACUGGCUCUGGAAAGACCACACAGAUACCUCAAUACCUUUAUGAAGCUGGCUAUUGCUCUAACAAGAUGAAGAUUGGUUGCACACAGCCUCGUAGAGUUGCUGCCAUGAGUGUUGCUGCUCGUGUCUCAGCUGAAAUGGGAGUGAAGCUAGGAAAUGAGGUUGGAUAUAGCAUAAGGUUUGAGGACUGUACUUCAGAGAGAACUGUUAUAAAAUAUAUGACUGAUGGGAUGCUGUUGAGAGAAUUCUUAGGUGAACCUGAUUUAGAGUCAUACAGUGUAAUGAUAAUAGACGAGGCUCAUGAGAGGACACUGCACACUGAUGUAUUGUUUGGUCUGGUGAAGGACAUUGCUAGAUUUAGACCUGAUCUUAAGCUACUUGUAUCCAGUGCAACCAUGGACACUAAGAAAUUCUCUGAAUUUUUUGACGAUGCUCCGAUAUUUCGUAUUCCAGGGCGUCGCUAUCCAGUUGAUCUUUACUAUACAAAGGCACCAGAGGCUGAUUAUCUUGAUGCUGCCGUUGUGUCUGUUCUCCAGAUUCACCUCACUCAACCCAGAGGGGAUAUACUGGUAUUUCUUACAGGUCAGGAAGAGAUUGAGACAACAUACGAAAUGUUAAAAGAAAGAACAGCUAAGUUAGGGUCACGGAUUGGAGAACUCGUCAUACUUCCAAUAUAUGCCAAUCUUCCGUCUGAUAUGCAGGCUAAGAUAUUUGAGCCAACUCCACCUGGAGCUAGGAAGGUUGUUCUUGCUACUAAUAUUGCAGAGACCUCACUGACUAUUGAUGGGAUUAUAUUUGUGAUUGAUCCAGGAUUCUGUAAACAAAAGUCGUAUAAUCCAAGGACUGGCAUGGAAUCAUUAGUGGUCGUUCCUUGCUCAAAGGCAUCUUCUAAUCAGAGAGCAGGGAGGGCUGGAAGAGUUGCUGCUGGAAAGUGUUUCCGUCUCUUUACCUCCUGGGCUUAUCACAAUGAAAUGGAAGACACCACAAUACCAGAAAUCCAGCGUACUAAUCUUGGUAAUGUUGUUCUCUUACUAAAGAGCCUUGGUAUUAAUGAUCUGAUUAAUUUUGACUUCAUGGAUCCACCUCCUCCCGAAACCUUAAUGCUAGCAUUAGAGCAGUUAUAUGCACUAGGGGCACUCAAUCAUAUGGGGGAACUCACUAAACUUGGUCGUAGAAUGGCUGAGUUCCCUGUUGAUCCUGCUAUGUCAAAGAUGCUCAUAGUUUCAGAAAAGUAUGGUUGUAGCGAAGAAAUACUAACCAUUACAGCUAUGCUGUCUGUCAACAAUGCAAUAUUCUAUAGACCAAAGGAUCGUGUAGUACAUGCUGAUACAGCAAGACAAAGUUUUUUUAGACCCGGGGGAGAUCACUUGACAUUGCUAGCAGUUUAUAAUGAUUGGGUAUCUACAGACUACUCGACACAAUGGUGCUUUGAUAAUUUCAUUCAGCACAGAUCAAUGAAACGUGCUAGAGAUGUGCGUGAUCAACUAGAAGGACUCAUGGAAAGAGUUGAGAUUGAUCUAGCUAGUAGUGAGGAUGUUGUUGCCAUUAGGAAGGCAAUAACUGCUGGGUACUUUUAUCAUGCUGCCCGUCUGUCUAAAGGAGGCUAUAGAACGGCAAAGCAUCAACAAGUGGUUCACAUUCACCCAAACAGUAGUUUGUUUGAGGACCAGCCAAGAUGGGUCAUAUAUUUUGAGCUAGUGUUUACCAGUAAAGAGUACAUGAGACAGGUGAUAGAGAUUGAUAAUCAGUGGCUAUUAGAAGUAGCCCCUCACUAUUAUAAAGCAAAGGACAUACAAGAUGAGAAUAGGAAGAUGCCAAAGGGAGCAGGAGCAUCACGGGACGACACUAGAUUCGACAAUCAGUUUUAAGAAUAACAAAAUUAAUAAUGCAUAACAUACAUCAUACAUACAUAAAAUGUAUAAUAUAAUUUAUAAAUGUUCAUACAUGUAGUUAUUUCUCCUGUUUUUUUGCAAACUUUUGAUUCAAAGGUUUGCCCAAUAGUUAA